UAACCCAUCAGGAUCGCUGCUUCUCCCCGUGGGAAAAACACGAUCUGUCCCCCGGCUCUUAAAUAAGUUCCCUUAUCAUCUAAAUGUACGGUUUAUAUAUUUAAUUAAGUUAUUAUGCCUAAGGUGCCAAGGAUCUCACGAUCCCUACGAUCAUUCACGACUCUAGACAGAGCAGAGAGACUACAAUAUAAUGAUAAUGACAUUGUUGCCAAGAAAAUUGAGGAAGAAAAUCGUGCCACGGGGGAGAGCGAGUGGGAGGUGCUCUACAGAAGAUUCCCUAAAGAUGUCCAAGCUCGAUUGUCAGAGGUACAUCAGUUGGUCAGGAUGUGUUGCAGCGACUUGUGCUCCAGCUCCUCCACAAUCACCGACCAGCUGUCUUUGGACAUCGUUCGUCACCUGAUGACCCUGAAGAGCCUUCCAACUAACAAAGACUGUGAACAGAUAAAAGCUCUUCUAUGCACUGCAGACGUAACAAUAGUUAGAAAAAUACUGAACGCAGCAUCUCUGAUCCAAUCGAUGCUCACCGAGGACGAACUCACUCUCUUCGAUGACCUUACCGGCGUCUAUGGAGAUCCCAAGGCUUUCGGUUCGAAAAUCCCCUACACCCCAACGAGGCACUAUUCCUCCGAAGAAACUCUUCGCCUCUCCAACAUGGCCCACACUGUCUCCCUAGUCACUCCCAAUAAAUUUACAAUGGUUUACACCCCCUCCCAAAAGGAACCUAAGGAAUUCCACCAUAAAGAUUUACUUAAAUACAUCAACGAAUCCUACAAGAGUUACUCAACCGAAACGUCAUUCGAGCAAUUUUGCACAAUGAUAGAAAGUUGCCUCAAGAACUCGAGGACAAAUGCCCAAGGAGAGCUCUAUGAUCUCCUCGGGUGCGAUCAACUUGACUUUAUCAGCUAUAUCCUGACACACAGACACCACGUGGAAAAGUUCUUGGCAACGCAGAAGCAACUCUUAAGGGCUGGAGGACCUCUAAAAACGGAAAAAUGUCCCCAAUUUGGCUGCCAGGUGAUCGUGCAAUCCCAAAAGGAAAAGGAACUGUUAAAGAAAGUGAGAAAGGAAGAGAAGAAGUACCUGAAGGCCUCUAACAAGUUCGAGCAGAACGGUGAGACCUCUGAUGACGAUUUCGACCCCUUAGCCCUAAGGUUAAAACGUCAACUAGCGCUGCAAGCUUCUCAGGCACCGAUCCUGGCGCCAGUGAAGCAGAGGUUCCUUGCAGUAACGAGCACCACUGAGAAAUACCCAUUUGUUUUUGACUGUCAGAAGGACUCGAAGACAAUUCCAGGUUUUGUCUCGGGACAGAAGCUGAUUCUCCCUGAAAAUGUUACACGAAAGGAUUCACCUCUCUGUGAAGAAGUCCAAAUACCAGUUUCCAGUCAUAAUCUUGAUUUCACGUACACUCCAAUAAAGAUCUCCUCUCUGGAUGAGAUAGGCCAGAUGGCAUUUUCAGGUGUCAAAGAAUUGAAUAGAAUUCAGUCGACAGUAUUUAAUGCAGCUUACAACAGUGGAGAGAACCUCUUGAUUUGCGCACCUACUGGUGCUGGAAAGACGAACGUGGCACUUCUCUCAGUUGUUCAUCAGCUCAAAUUACAUCUGGAGAACGGAAUCUUGAAGAAGAACGAAUUUAAAAUUGUUUACAUAGCACCGAUGAAGGCCCUAGCUGCAGAGAUGACUGCUAGUUUCAACAAACGCCUUGGGUGCCUUGGAGUGACAGUCAGAGAAUUGACUGGAGACAUGCAGUUGACUAAAACUGAGCUCCAGCAAACUCAGAUGAUAGUGACAACUCCGGAAAAGUGGGACGUUGUAACAAGGAAAGGAACUGGGGACAUUGCUUUGACGAGCAUCGUCAAGCUUCUUAUCAUUGACGAGGUACAUCUGCUCCAUGGAGACAGAGGUCCAGUGGUCGAGGCCUUGGUUGCCCGAACUCUCAGACAGGUUGAAUCUUCCCAGAGGAUGAUCAGGAUCGUUGGUUUGUCAGCAACACUGCCUAAUUACGUUGAUGUAGCUAGGUUUCUCAGGGUGAACCCCAGAAAAGGGCUGUUCUACUUCGAUCACAGGUUUCGUCCAGUUCCCCUCAGCCAAACGUUUAUCGGAGUGAAGUCCACGAAGCCGAUGCAGCAGAUUCAGGAUAUGGAUCAUGUUUGCUACCAACAGGUAGUGGAGAUGGUUCGUAAGGGCCACCAGGUGAUGGUGUUCGUCCACGCCAGGAAUGCCACUGUCAGGACAGCAACAAAGAUAAAGGAACUGGCUCAGCAGAAUGACACCAUCAAGCUCUUCAAGCCUGAUUCUGACUCGAAGCUCACGCAAAAGGCCUUCACCAGCUCCAGGAACAAGCCCUUGGGAGAAUUAUUCUCCCAUGGAUUCUCAGUGCACCACGCAGGAAUGCUCCGAUCUGACAGGAAUAUGGUUGAGAAGGCGUUCAGUCAGGGUACCAUUAAAGUACUGGUCUGCACUUCGACACUUGCUUGGGGCGUCAAUCUCCCUGCACACGCCGUUAUUAUUAAGGGCACUGAAAUCUAUGACUCCAAACACGGAUCAUUCAUAGAUCUGGGGAUUCUCGAUGUUCUCCAGAUAUUUGGGCGUGCGGGGAGACCGCAAUUCGACACCUCUGGACAUGCUGUCAUCAUCACAUCACAUAAUAAGCUUUCGCAUUAUCUAUCAUUGCUGACUAAUCAGUUUCCGAUUGAGAGCAGCUUCAUUACGUAUCUCCCCGACAAUCUCAAUGCAGAGAUAGCCCUUGGGACCAUUUCUAAUGUUGAAGAGGCUGUCGAAUGGCUCGGGUAUACGUACCUGUUUGUGAGGAUGAGACUGAAUCCUAUUCCUUAUGGUAUGCUCUAUCAAGAUGUUUUGGAAGAUCCUAAUCUGGAUAAAAAACGAAAGGAGCUCAUCAAUACCGCUGCUAAACACUUGGAUAAGGCGAAGAUGAUUCGAUACAACUCUCGCACUGGAGACCUGAGUUCAACUGAUCUUGGAAGGACAUCCAGUCACUUCUACCUAAAAUACGAUACAGUCGAGAUCUUCAACGAGUUGAGCAAGCCCAUAAUGACCGAGGCAGAGAUCCUGGGGAUGCUGUGUCGAGCCCAAGAAUUUCAGCAGCUAAAAGUACGUGACGACGAGAUGCAGGAGUUGGACGAAUUAACGAAUGAAUACUGCGAACUAGCAGCUCAGGGUGGUGCUGAAAACAUCCAUGGAAAAGUAAACAUCCUCAUCCAGACGUAUCUCUCAAGAGGAAGGCUCUCCGGGUUCUCUCUCAUCUCAGAUCAGGCGUACAUCAUUCAGAACGCUUUGAGAAUCUCUCGAGCGCUGUUUGAAGUGAUGCUGAGGAAGAACCACGCAACACUGGCGUCAAGACUUCUGAAUAUCGCCAAAAUGUUGGAGGCACAACAGUGGGACCACGUAACACCCCUAAGGCAAUUUGUCUGCUUGGGGCAAGAAAUAGUGCAGAAGAUCGAUGAUCGACACUUGACGAUGUCUCGACUGAAGGAGAUGGACACCAAAGAAAUUGGUGAUUACCUUAGAAACCAGAGAUCAGCAGCACUUGUGAAGAAGUGCUGCAGUGAAUUUCCCGCGAUUGAUCUUGACGCAUUCAUCCAGCCAAUCACAAGAACAGUCUUGAGGAUAAAACUGAUGCUAAAACCUGAAUUCAGGUGGAACGACGCAGUCCAUGGCAAAAGUUCGGAGGCGUUUUGGAUAUGGAUUGAAGAUACUGACACUGACUACAUCUACCAUCAUGAAUACUUUCUCUUGACGAAGAAGAUGGUGCUCAGUGGUGAUGGACAGGAGCUGGUGAUGACUAUCCCCCUGCCAGAGCCUCAUCCCACUCAGUACAUUGUAAAGGUCAUCAGUGAUCGUUGGCUGGGCUGUGAACAACUCCUGGCUCUUAACCCUCAGGAUCUGGUACUGCCAGAAACUCAUCCACCUCACACAGACCUGCUGGAGCUACAGCCACUGCCAGUGGCAGCGCUCAGGAAUUCUAGAUUCGAGAAACUCUACAAUUUCACCCACUUCAAUCCUAUUCAGACACAAAUAUUUCACUGUCUCUAUCACACUGAUAAUAAUGUUCUGUUGGGUGCACCCACGGGAUCAGGGAAGACUAUUGCUGCUGAGAUUGCCAUGUUCCGGGUGUUCAACCAGUAUCCGGACAGAAAAGUCGUUUACAUUGCUCCACUUAAGGCUCUUGUUCGCGAGAGGAUGAAAGACUGGAGGAUUCGCCUCGAGGAGAAACUAAGGAAGAAAGUUGUUGAACUAACUGGGGAUGUGACUCCUGACAUCAGGCAGAUCGCCAAGUCUGACGUAAUCGUGACGACACCGGAGAAGUGGGACGGAAUCAGUCGGAGCUGGCAGACUAGAAAUUAUGUGAAGAAAGUCGCAUUGAUCAUAAUCGACGAGAUUCAUCUACUUGGAGAGGAUAGGGGGCCAGUUCUCGAGGUCAUCGUUUCAAGGACAAAUUUCAUAGCUUCACAUACGGAGAGAACUCUCAGGAUCAUUGGGCUUUCUACAGCAUUGGCAAAUGCCGUUGAUCUCGCCAGUUGGCUCAAUAUCGAUAAGAUGGGACUGUACAAUUUCCGGCCUUCGGUGAGGCCAGUUCCUCUCGAAGUCCACAUCAGUGGCUUCCCCGGAAAGCACUACUGCCCGAGGAUGGCCACAAUGAAUCGUCCCACCUUCCAAGCCAUCAGGCAGCAUGCACCUUCAAGUCCCUCCUUAGUCUUUGUGUCUUCACGAAGGCAGACAAGGCUGACAGCUCUGGAUCUCAUAGCCUACCUCGCAGCAGAAGACAAUCCCAAGCAGUGGCUACAUAUGCCAGACGUCGAGAUGGAUAAUAUCGUGGUGAACAUAAAGGACGUGAACCUGAAGCUAACUUUGGCCUUCGGUAUUGGUCUUCAUCACGCAGGCCUCCAGGACAAGGAUCGACAAACAGUCGAGGAAUUGUUCGUCAACAACAAGAUUCAAGUCUUGAUAACGACAGCCACCUUGGCCUGGGGCGUUAAUUUUCCAGCGCACUUGGUGGUAAUAAAGGGAACAGAGUACUAUGAUGGAAAAACAAAGAGAUAUGUUGACAUGCCUAUCACCGAUGUCCUCCAGAUGAUGGGUAGAGCUGGACGACCGCAGUUCGAUGAUUCUGGUGUUGCCGUUGUUCUCGUUCACGACAUUAGAAAAAACUUUUACAAAAAGUUUUUAUACGAGCCCUUCCCCGUGGAGUCCAGUCUGCUAGAAGUGCUCCCUGAUCACAUCAACGCCGAGAUCGUUGCAGGAACGAUCUCCUCGAAGCAGCAGUUCCUGGACUACCUCACGUGGACGUAUUUCUUUAGAAGAUUGAUGAAAAAUCCACAGUAUUACGACCUGAUUGGGCUGGCCCCAGAGAGGAUAAACCAAUACCUCUCUCAUCUAGUCGACGGAACACUGGUAGUGCUGUCGGAGUCACAGUGUGUGAGUUUUGAUGAUGAGGACCAAAGUCUCUGUCCUCUACCACUGGGGAGAAUCGCCUCUUAUUAUUAUCUCUCCCACAAGACGAUUAAGUAUUUCAGCGAACAAUUGAAGGACAAUCUAGCCCUGGUGGAGUGCCUGAAAAUCCUUUGUAAUGCUCAUGAGUACAGUGAACUUCCUGUCAGGCACAAUGAAGAUAUUUUGAACGAGGAGUUGUCGAAGAGGUGUAGGUAUCCUGGGGAGGCUCAGACUUAUGAUUCCCCCAAUACCAAGGCUUUUCUCCUAUUUCAAUGCCACGUAUCGAGGGCAACUCUUCCCUCCACUGAUUAUGGGACUGAUCUCAAGUCCAUUCUGGAUCAAGCCAUUAGGAUUCUUCAAGCCAUGAUUGAUAUUGUUGCUGAAGGGGGCUGGUUGUCCAGCACUUUGAGGAUUAUCCAGUUGUUACAAAUGAUGAUUCAGGCCAGGUGGGUCGAUGAAUCUGCUUUAUUGACACUGCCACACGUGAAUAAAGAGAAUCUGAGGAUUUUCCAGGGAUUGCCAAGGGCAUUGCCAGCUUUCUGUGCUGCUGCUAGCUCCAAUGAGACGAAGAUUCAGAGAAUCCUGAGAGAGGAGUUCAAAGAGCAAGAGAUUGUGGAGAUCUUGCAGGUGGCCAAAACUUUGCCGAUGAUUGUCGUCUCGCUGAGAUUGCAAGGGAGUGAAGGAGACGUCAGGAAUAUUCAUUUGGAGGAGGGGAGAGAAUGUCUGAAUGUUUGUGCCAAUGGGGAGUAUACAUUGUUGAUUCAGUUGAAAAGGUGCAAUCCUAGUCCAUCCAGGACUCAUAGCCCCAAGUUUUCGAAGGACAAGGGCGAGGUUUGGUUUCUCAUCAUUGGAGAUAUCGAGGGGAAAGAAGUGUGGGCGAUGAAGAGGAUCGCUGGGGUGGGAUCCGUAGGGAGGACUCAUCACUUACAAUUCACAGCUCCAGAGUUUCCAGGGAGAACACAGUUCACAUUCUACGUGAUGUCGGAUACUUACAUUGGCAUGGACCAGCAGUACGACAUCCCGAUGAAUGUAACAACAUGAAGCACAGACAUUGAUUUGUGUUUUUCACUUAAAUGAUACAUUUAUAUUCUUUUUGUUGGCAAAUGAAGUGGUGAAUUUAUAUUGAAUAUCUCCUUGAAGUAUCCAGAGAAGCUACAAGAAUUUACUAUUGUAAUGCUAUUGUAAUGUUAUGGCGACUAAAUAAUUUUGCUAAGAUAA